ACGUCGAAUGCCGGUCAUCAGGCUUUUGCCGCGCCCCUAUUACACCGUCGACAUACGAAUUUUGUUUGUUCGCUCUCGAGAUCCACGAUCUUUUUGUUCGUUCGACGAGUUUCUAACGUUUUCCGAAUGUAAUAUGCGAUAUUAAAAUAACUGUCGGUCGUUAACUCGUGUGUGUCUCUUUCACUCUCUCUCUGUGUGUGUGUUUGUAAUUAAAAUUUCGAAAGAUUGCUGUUCGUAGCGAUAACGCUCUUUCUAUCUCGGCGAUUUAACGUUUAAAUAUUACUUUUUUGGAAUAAAUUGAUAUUAAUAACGACCACGCCGCAGCGUAUGAGGUAUUUGUUACGAUUGGACUGUUUCCAUGGGAACAUUGUGUAGUUCGAUUUCUAACAACCUGACCGCCGAGGAUCCCGCAUUGAAUAUCCCAGAUGAGAAAGUUAGCACACCUGUGAAUUAUAGUGGUGAAAUGGCUCGCAAUGGCUCCUCCCUGCAGCCUUCUAAUACAGAAAUUGAUGACAGUCUCUAUUCCCGUCAACUGUACGUUCUUGGACAUGAAGCAAUGCGAAGAAUGGCUACUUCCGACAUCUUAAUCUCUGGAAUGAAUGGUCUCGGUCUAGAAAUAUCAAAAAAUGUGAUUCUAGGCGGAGUGAAAUCUGUCACAAUUCACGAUACAAAAAAUUGUGAAUUAUCUGACUUGUCUUCUCAGUAUUAUCUAACUGAAGAAGACGUUGGAAAAAAUCGCGCCGAAGUCUGCCGUUCAAAGCUAGCAGAACUUAAUCCAUAUGUUUCAGUUAGUUUACACACUGGAGAAUUAAGAGAGAUUAUACAGAAGUUUAAAGUUGUUGUUCUUACAGAAUCAUCAUUAGAAGAACAGUUACAAAUAGCAAGUAUAACUCAUCCUUUGAAUAUAGCAUUAAUUAUAGCAAGUACAAAAGGAUUAUUUGGGUAAAUAUUGAAAUUCAUUUCUUCCACACUAUAAUUUACCUAAUUAUAAA